AUGCAUAAUUAUUACGUAUUUGCUAUAACGAAACUUGACAGAAAUGUCGUUGGGAUAUUGAGACAACUUUAUACUACUGUUGCGAUAAAUUUGGGCGUGUUCGGCCUCGGAGCGGUGAUUGCAUGGACAUCACCAGGACUUGCGUCUCUGUCCAAAGAUUUUAAUUUAUCUUCAGUGUCUAUAGCAUGGAUUACAUCGAUAGUAAAUAUUGGAGGCCUCAUAUCUUGCUUAAGUGCAGGAUUCGUAAUGGACAAGUUAGGAAGAAAAUUAUCCGCCUUAUUCGCCACAAUUCCCACCCUGUUGGGCUGGUUGGUGUUAAUAUUUUCCAAAAAUGUUUGGAUGUUAUACAUCUCCCGGUUUAUUUUGGGGUAUGCGGCAUCCUUCUAUGGCGUCGUGGGGCCAGUUCUGGUCGGGGAAAUAGCAGAACCGAAAAUUAGAGGGGUGUUAUCAAAUAUGUACGGGAUAUUCUUAACUUCUGGGAUGUUAUGCAGUUAUGUCGUCGGAAGUUUUGUGGAUUGGCAAAUGCUCUCAAUUAUAUCCGCUAUAAUUCCAGUGGUUCAAUUUUUCAUGUUAAUCUUUACCUCGGAAUCGCCUCGUCAUCUCCUUCAUAGAGGGAAAUAUGAGAAAGCAGCCGAAUGUCUGGCAUGGUACAGGGGUGUAACGAGAUUGGAGGAUGUUGAGACCGAAAUUAAAGCGAUUCCAGCCGCCAAUGUUUCCAAAAGUGAUGGAAAUCUUAGCCUCAGAAAACUAUCAAUCUUUCAACGAAACAACGCAAUGCCACUGGUUCUAUGUGUUGCGUUAGUCUUCAUAGAACAGUUGUCCGGUUUUGCCGUGAUAGUGUCAUAUACCGCCGACAUUUUCAAAUCUGCCGGUCAUACUGCGAACGGAAAUACCUUGGCGAUAAUAUUUGGAGGGUUUCAACUUCUCGCUAGGGCCUUAUCGUGUCUCCUUAUCGAUAAGGCGGGUCGACGACCACUCCUCUUAAUGGGGGAGGUGGGCAUGACGGUGUCUUUGGGAAUUUUGGGAACAUAUUUUUACUUUUUUGAAAAACUAAAUACCGUUCUGAUCUCGUCAUGGGUACCUGUGAUAUGUUUGGUAGUGUACAUAUGCAUGUUCAGUGUUGGGAUUGGACCAAUAUCGACGACAGUUAUGGGUGAAAUAUUGCCGCAAGAGAUAAGAGGAGUGGGGUCAGCUCUGUGCACAGCAGCUUUGCGGGGUUCAGCGUUCACGAUAACGUUCGCAUUUGAAGGUGUGAAGGACCAGGUUGGAAGCUAUGGCGUUUUUUGGAUUUUUGCAGGUGUCUGUGCAAUUGGACUUAUUACGAUUUAUUUUUGGAUACCAGAGACCAAAGGGAAGAGUUUUGAAGAUAUUAAAAGUUUGUUUUUGGACGUUUAAAAGUAUUUUCUUAGUGAUAAUGUGUAUUAGGUUUCUGUAUUAAUUUACUUAUUCACCAUCUUUUUAUAAUCUUUAUUCUAAUCUUUUUUACUAUUUAAAUAAACUGUAAUGAAGUUAAUCUGGCGUGCCUGGCACUACCAUGAUGACCAUAAA